AAUCCAUUUAUUCGUCGGUUGAAUCUCGGAAAAUAUUUUAUUGUAUUAGGAAUUAAAUGAACUGAGCUCUAUUAUAAUUCAUAAGUGUUCAAUUCAUAAGUCAUUAAGUGAUCAGUUUUAUAAAGUCACUUUAAUUCAAGUUAAUUAUUUAAAAUACGUCUUGUAGAAAAUUUCUCGUCUGAGUUUCAUUUGCAUUCCAUACUAAUUUAUUUAAGUAGAACAUUUUAACAAUGUCUGUUAAAGGAGCUAAUAUGCCUGGCAAAAAGUCUGUUAUUUGGGCGUACGUAUUGUGGUUGUUUGGUGGAAUAUUCGGGGUCCAUCAUUUCUACUUGCGUCGAGAUAAGCAUGCAUUCGUAUGGUGGUCGACUCUUGGAGGUUUCGGUAUCGGCUGGUUGGGAGAAAUGUUUUGUAUCCCGCGCUAUGUAAAAGACGCCAAUGAAGAUCCAAAAUACAUGCAAGAUUUAGUCAAGAGAAUGGUUCAGAACAAGAAGCCUCCAUUUUCCAUGAACCGCUUCACUGGAAUGCUCAUGGUUGGGUAUUCUUGGGGUCAAAUGAUGAUGUUAGCGGUUCCACCUGAUGACUUUUGGGGCAUCAAUUUCAGAUACUUAAACUGUCUCAUACCACUUGUUGCUGCUCUCGGUGUAUGGACAGUUGGUAAUAUAGGCCGAGAGAGGGGUAGCCUGAAAUGGCCAGUGCUAGCAGCUUACGCGGUGUACCCCCUACGUUACUACAUUUACGACGAGAGUGUGUGGUUCACCCUAAUGGUGCUGGCCUCGGCGUUGGCAUUCGACUCGUUCUCCAAGCAGUGGCGCAGAACGCCCCCGAAACGUACCCAUGUGGUCAGACGUAUAGUAGUGUUGGCUCUGUGCGCUGGGCUGUACCUCGGCCUGUGGUGCAGCUACCUGUACUUCCACGGCACCAUCACCGACAGUGAGGGUGAUGAAGUGCCCGUCUAUGAAGCUCUACAUCAUUUCUUUACUAGCCCCUGGUGGCUGGACGUGAAGCAGUGCCUCAUCGACACGUAUCAGUUCGCGCAGCACCACGGCUGGUACGAAGUGUGGAAGCAGAUCAUAGACCUGUCCGACCCGCACGGAGAGCAGAACGCGUACAAGGUCCUCGAUCUAGGUCGUGAUGCCAGCCAACAGGAAAUCACCUCUCGCUGGCGGAAGCUGUCCCGCGAGCACCACCCGGACAAGGCGAAACCAGAGCAUCGUAGAGAAGCUCAAGAACGGUUUAUGGACAUUCAGCGAGCUUACGAGAUCCUCUCCAGCAGCAAGCAUCGGAGAUCGAGACGUAACAAGAAGGACAACUCCGACCAAUAACUGCGUCCCAUAUACAUGUAACUAUGUAAUCGAGUUGUACUUAAAUAUUAAUAAUUAAACAUUUCUCGUACUUAAAUUAACUAGACGUAAGGCUUAUUUUUGAUUAAUUGAUUAUUAUUAUUAUUGUCGAUCUGUAGAGUUAUUAUGUAAGAACUCGAAACUCACCGCGAAUCACGAUCGUGAAAUGUCAAAAAUUGUUACAUGAACAAUACUAUGUUGUUUGUAAACACAACAAGAUAUCUUAUCAGAUAUAUCUCAUAUAAGUCGGUUACUAACACUUUACGGAUGAGAUCGAAGUGAGUUCUUACAAUAACAGUGCUGGUGACUUAAAGUUGCUCCAGAAUAGAUCUGUAUGUAUUAGAAUAUAACUUGGUGUAUUUAUAAUCGCUUUCAAGAGAUGAAUAUUACUCUAAGGUAGUUAUCGUAUGAACCUAAAACUUUUAUCUUUGUUCUCUAUGCAUUCCUACAAUGAUUGUUCUGAAAAUUUCUGUUUAUGCCUGCCUGGGUAUAUGCCUUCUUUCCUUCUGUUUAUGCCUUUAAGCGGGUUGACACAAAAAAAUCAAUUUUUUUUUUUAUGUUGUAUAUAUUUUUUUUAUGUAGACCCUUAUUUUAUUCGGUAGCGAGUUUAAUAUAAAAAUAAUGCAUAGUCUUACACAUAGUCACACGAUUGCUGUCGAUGAUAUUAGUUUUUACAUUUUUAAAACUCUCAUAUUCAAUUCUGAAGUCAAUUGUAUUGUCUAUCAAUAUUUCUAGUCGAAACUGGUAGUAUCCAACGGUCCUUUAGACAUUUCAAAUUGUAUUUCCAGAUCAAAGUAUUCUUGUUCUAUCAGUAGUAAUAUUAUGUUUAGGGGAUUCUCCCCGGCAAUUAAUUUAUUGAGAUUAAAAAUAGGUAUCUUAAUGUCAAGGUAUUUAACGAUAAAGUUCUAUAUUUAACUUAUAGCUGGUGAAUGUUUUUCGUAUAAGAUAUUAUAAGGAAAGUCUCACUUGAUUUUUCGCAUUUAUUAUGCCAAAUGUAUGGAAUAUAAACGAAUAAAACUUAAUUUAAGGGCGUUGUGAGCAUUUAUGUACUAGGCUAACUUGCAUUAUUUUAGAAUAAUGUAUUUAAGAAUAAAGUAUGUUGUAAUGUUGUAUUAUAAUUAUAAUUAAAAUAUUUUUUGUCUUUUUCUUGCAAAUUUGUACUGUGCAAUGAAUAAGAUGAUUAAAUUCGAAUUAAUAAAUAAUCUCAAUAGGCUAGGUUAUGACUAUUUAUUAUCUUUGUUAUUUUUAAUUUAUUUUUCUAUUCUUCAAUUAUAUGUUUUGUAUUAAAAGAAAAAGGGCUGAGAUUUAAAAUUGUAUUUUGAAUCUCAAACUUCGAAAUAUCAAAAAAAAAUAAACAAAUUAAGGUAGUUGUUAGGUUCAAUGAGAAAGGAAGAAAGUUUUGGAAUGCUCAAAAGGUAGAGAUACCUUCCAUAGCAUAAAUUUAAUA